GCGUGUCACUUUUCUAUGAAAAUUAGGCUAGUGACGGUUCAGCUCUGGUCACAACAGCAGUGGUGUGUGUGUGUGAGGGAGUGUGUGUGCGUGUGUGUGUUUGUGUGUGUGUGUGUGUGUGUCAGAGAGAGGGAGAGAGAGAGAGAGAGAGAGAGAGAUCACUCGUGCCUUUUUGUUUGUCACAUUAUAUGAUACGCACGGUUUGGACGCUUCGCUUUGACGUCGGAAUAUAAACAACAUAAGCCACGUAACUUCCCUAACGAACGACAAUGUUGACAUCACUGCUUGGAAAGCUUUGAACAAUAAGCCAAAAAAUACCUUCAAGGAACGCCAUGGGCUUCAGGACAUUUCCCAACUUGUGCAGAGCGUGGAGGAGACCCAAGAGCCCAUCCCUACCACCAUCAAAGGCACAAUACCUACAUGGAUCCAUGGAAAUCUUCUUCGUAAUGGCCCUGGAAAGUUUGAGUUCGGAAAUCAACACUUCAACCAUUGGUUUGAUGGAAUGGCCAUGAUGCACUGCUUUCAUAUUGCUGAAAGUCAGGUGACCUACAGGAGUCACUUCCUGUGCAGUGACACCUACAAGCAGAACAGUGAGAUGAAUCGAAUCGUGAUGUCUGAGUUUGGCACUCUUGCUCUCCCUGACCCAUGCAAGAAUAUCUUCCAGCGCUUCCUAUCUCAUUUUGAGAGGAUGAAGAUCUCGGACAACGCUAAUGUGAGCUUUGUGAAAUACAAAGGUGACUACUAUGUCAGCACAGAGACAAACUUUAUGCACAAAAUUGAUCCGGACACUCUAGAAACAAAAGAGAAGGUGGAUUGGAGCAAGUUCAUUGCUGUUAAUGGUGCCACUGCCCACCCCCAUGUUGACCGAGAUGGUACGGUCUACAACAUGGGCAACUCCUACAGCAUGAAAGGAGCUUUAUACAACAUUAUCAGCGUGCCUCCAAAGAAUGAAGAUCCUGACGAAACACUCCAUGGGGCAAAGGUGCUGUGUUCCAUUUCUCCUGCUGAAAAAAACAAGCCUUCCUAUUACCAUAGCUUUGCCAUGUCGGAGAACUAUGUGGUGUUCAUUGAACAGCCAAUAAAGAUGGACCUAUUUAAGAUAGUGACAUCUAGAAUGAGGGGGAAAAGCAUAAAUGACUGUAUCUACUGGGACCCAAAACAAGAGACUGUCUUCCAUGUUGUAAACAAACAUACUGGGAAGGUGAGUGCAGUGAAGUAUCACACCAAGGCUCUAUCCACCUUUCACCAGAUCAAUGCAUUUGAGGAGGAUGGCUUCCUCAUAGUGGAUAUGUGCUGCUCAGAUGAUGGCCAGGCCCUUAAAAUCUACUUUCUUCAGAACUUACGCAAGUCAGGAGAAGCAUUGGAUGAGGUGUACAACAACUUAUCCAUGUCAUUUCCUCGCCGCUUUGUUCUGCCUCUAUACAUUACCAAUGAUACUCCACUGAACCAGAACCUGAACACACGGACAAACAGCUCUGCUUCCGCAGUCUGCCUCAGCAAAGAUAAGGUGUUCUGCAUGUCCGAAGAUCUGCAUGACAAUGAACUGUUGGAUUAUGGGGGGUUGGAAUUUCCUCACAUUCACUACGACAGGUGCAACACCAAACCAUACCGCUAUUUCUAUGGCUGUGGCUUUGGCCACCUUGUGGGAGACUCGCUGAUCAAGAUGGACCUGGAGACUAAAAAGCUCAAGGCAUGGUAUCAGUCAGGCCUCUAUCCAUCUGAGCCUGUGUUCGUCCCCUCACCUAAUGCAGAGGAAGAAGAUGAUGGAGCCAUCCUAUCUGUUGUAAUCACACCCACUGAGGAUAAAGGUACAUUCCUGCUGGUUCUGGAUGCUAAGACGUUUGAGGAACUAGGAAGAGCUGAAGUGCCUGUUAACAUUCCAUACGGCUUCCAUGGGACGUUCAGCUCCUCAGUAUAGAACAAAUUUCAUCCAAUGCCACCACAAGAAACUCUGGCGAAGUUUAUAAGUUUAUCUUUUCACUUAAAAGACUUUUUUGUUUUGUUUUGUUUUGUUUUGCUGUUGGCUAGCAUGGUUUGGAUCCACUUGACCCUUGGAGCAGGUGUGUCAAACUGAAAUUCUGGGCCAUGUCAGCAUUUUUGUCAGCCUUUGAAAGGUCAUAAACUAAUGCUAUUCAUUUAAAAAAUAUAUAUAUAUAUUAUAUAUUAUUAUCUAUGAAUGAAUAUCUAUAACCUAGGCUCUGAAACGACAGUUUACUAGGGUGUUUAUUGGGGAAAAAAGGUCUAACAGAAACUAUUAAACUGUAUGUAUAACAUUGUUUUGCACUGCACUGUACAUAGCUGCACUGUGAUGACAUUCAUAAAAGGUCUACAAAUUUAUCAUUAUUAGUUCAUAUUUAACCACCUAAACAUCAAAUAUAUAAGAUCUCAUGUUCCCAUAUUACUAAGAUGUUAUUUCAUUUGAAUCAUUUUAGUAAAACUGCCAUAAAUAUAAAUUUACCCUAUUAAAAGAAUAAGAUUGGUUGCUUUGAAUUAUUAAAAAUAAGUUCAUGCCAUCACCACUUGCUGAAAUUUUAAAUUUAACUUAAAAUUGAACUUGCCAGACUUUGCAACUAAAUUAUACAUACCACACUGUGAUUUUUUUUAGUAUACACUAUUAUGGCCAAAACUAUGUGCACAACUGACCAUCACACCAAUAUGUGCUUGAGGACCAUCCCAUUCCAGAUGUAGUCUCCUUUUGCUUUUAUAACAGCCUCCACUGUUCUGGUGAGGCUUCCACUACAUUUCAGAACAUGGUUGUGGAGUUUUGUGCUCAUUCAGCAUCAAGAGCAUUAAUGAAGUCAGCCAGUGAUGUUCGUGAGAGCAGGCCUGGGGUGCAAUCAGUGUUACAGUUCAUCCAAAAGGUGUUCAGUGGGGUUGAGGUCAGGGUUCUCUGGGUUUUCCUUGGCAAACCAUAAAUUUUUGUGUAUGCUUUGUGCAUGGGGCACUGUCAACCUGGAACAGGUUUGGGCCUCAAUUCAAGUGUGCUACAGAUCUGCUGUGACUGCUAGAUGGUGUGAUAAUGCUGAGCAGUAUUGUACAAGGGACCAUUUCACUAUAAUUUUUUUGAGGUAGGGGCAGGGGGCCUUUAAUUGCCUUAGAGGGUAGGGGCACUGCGACUCAAUAAAAAGUUACAAAAUCAAAGUUACUCUUACUGACAACCUUUAUCCUAUGAUGAACAUUUUUUGCAGUGGAUUCUUCCAGGAUGAUUCCUCUAUAAGCCACAAGGUACGGGAACUCAGUAAAUCCUUUGAUUAUUAAUUUAUUAUGUAAAUUAUAUGCUACAGCCAUUGCUGUCAGAGAUUCUAAACCAAAUGAUCAUCUAUGGGAGAUUCGGGACUAAAAUAUUAGACAUCAAGAAACAUUGAAAUGUUCGAGUCUCCUUCCAUAAACAUUAAAUAAACAUUUAGCUUUCACAAACUCCUACCACACAGUUUUGUGUGUAUCUUACUGCAUGCACUCACAUAGGGGAAAAAAAAAGAUGCAAUAGAAUAUGGCUAGCAAUAUUAUAUGAAUAAAAACCCAAUUUUAAUCAGCAUACUGUUUGAUAACUUCAUUAACAGGUGCCCAGUGCCAUCUGCUGGCAGUUCUGCUUCUGUAACUUUUCCUGCAUCUGUAAAGUAUUCUGAACAUCGUCUCCAAUGUUUCUAUAAAUAAAAAUUGCUUGUUGGGAAUUUUUAAAAAAUAGGUUUAGAUUUCAUAGAUUUUCAAAGUCUUUGAGGAUAAACUGCAGACAAACUUUUAUACAUAGAAGUGCCAGUGUUGUUUCACUCAGUUUUAUUGGCCGUAGUUGAUAGACAGGCUGUAAAACACUGUGUUAGGUGUGAGUCCUUACUUUGAAUUAUCUGCAGCAAUUUCAUGGCAAAAAGACAAAAAUAAACUUUGUCCUGAGUGUAUGAUACACAUCAGGAUAAACAUUAUACAGACAGUUUGAGAUCUUGUCCACUAGGAGGCAGUAUGCCUUCACAGCAGCUAGAUGUGGGUAAUUGUAAUGAGAUUGACAACAGAAUGCAACCACUUUGGACUCUGGGUAGUCACCUAGCAUCUUUUUAGACCCAGUUGUUAAUUACUAUUCAUUUAUUUCUUUGUAUAAAUCUAGGCAUUAUCUGCUCUGCUUUAGCAAUGAGAGCUUAAAUUUCUAUAAUCCCUGCACAUCAGAUAGCACCAUGAGAGGCAGAUUGAUAAACAUACAGGCCCUGAUUUAUAAGAUCUAAAAUAAUGAGUGCUAAUUUGCAUGCACAAUCAGAUAAAUUGUACAAGCAAAUAGUGUGUGUGUGUUACAGGUGUUCUAUUUCAUUCCUCCUGACUGCCAGAGACAGUGCUUAAGCACUAAUGGAUUAUUGCAGCACCAGCUAGAUAGAUCGAGAGAAUAUACCAACAAAGUUACAUGGUGACGUAGGCUGA